GCCCCGCCUUGCGGCGGCCGGCCGGGAGCGGCCUGACCUGCGGAGAAGAGGUGUCGCUCGAGGUUGCAGGUGUCGCCGCCCGAGACUCCCUCCAGUUGGCGGAGCAGAAGGAAGGGGCCGGGCCGGCCCGCGCCCCGAAUGGAUGUGCCCGGCCCGGUGUCCCGGCGGGCGGCGGCGGCGGCGGCCACCAUGCUCCUGCGCACCGCGCGGGUCCCUCGCGAGUGCUGGUUCCUGCCCACCGCGCUGCUCUGCGCCUACGGCUUCUUCGCCAGCCUGCGGCCCUCCGAGCCCUUCCUGACCCCCUACCUGCUGGGGCCCGACAAGAACCUGACGGAGCGGCAGGUCUUCAAUGAAAUUUAUCCAGUUUGGACUUAUUCGUACCUGGUGCUGCUGUUUCCUGUGUUUCUUGCCACAGACUACCUCCGUUAUAAACCCAUUGUUCUGCUACAGGGACUCAGCCUUAUCGUUACCUGGUUCAUGCUGCUCUAUGCCCAAGGACUGCUGGCCAUUCAGUUCUUGGAAUUCUUCUAUGGCAUCGCCACAGCCACAGAAAUCGCCUAUUACUCUUACAUCUACAGUGUGGUGGACCUAGGCAUGUACCAGAAAGUCACAAGUUACUGCCGAAGUGCCACCUUGGUGGGCUUCACUGUGGGCUCUGUCUUAGGGCAGAUCCUUGUCUCAGUAGCAGGCUGGGCCCUGUUCAGCCUGAAUGUCAUCUCUCUUACUUGUGUUUCCGUGGCUUUUGCUGUGGCCUGGUUCCUGCCUAUGCCACAGAAGAGCCUCUUCUUCCACCAUGUUCCUUCCACCUGCCAGGGAGUAAAUGGCAUCAAGGUACAAAAUGGUAGCAUCGUUUCUGACAUGCCUGCUUCUAACCACCUUCCUGGGUGGGAGGACAUUGAGUCUAAAAUCCCUCUAAAUUUGGAGGAGCCUCCCCAGGAGGAACCGGAGUCCAGACCAGACCGUCUCCUUGUGCUGAAGGUGCUGUGGAAUGACUUCUUGACCUGCUACUCUUCCCGCCCUCUUCUCUGCUGGUCUGUGUGGUGGGCCCUCUCCACCUGUGGCUAUUUUCAAGUUGUGAACUACACACAGGGCCUGUGGGAGAAGGUGAUGCCUUCUCGCCAUGCUGCAAUCUACAAUGGUGGUGUGGAGGCCGUGUCAACCUUACUGGGUGCUAUUGCUGUGUUUAUGGUUGGUUAUAUAAAAAUAUCCUGGUCAACUUGGGGAGAAAUGACACUAUCUCUGUGUUCUCUCCUGAUUGCUGCUGCAGUGUACAUCAUGGACACUGUGGGUAACAUUUGGGUGUGCUAUGCAUCCUAUGUUGUCUUCAGAACCAUCUACAUGUUACUCAUCACGAUAGCAACUUUUCAGAUCGCUGCAAACCUCAGCAUGGAGCGCUAUGCCCUGGUGUUUGGUGUAAAUACCUUCAUCGCCCUGGCACUGCAGACUCUGCUCACUCUAACUGUGGUCGAUGCCAGUGGCCUUGGCUUAGAAAUUACCACUCAGUUCCUGAUCUAUGCCAGUUAUUUUGCAUUCAUUGCUGUGGUUUUCCUGGUUAAUGGUGCAGUCAGUGUUAUCAAGAAAUAUAGAAAGCAAGAAGAUCAAGAAUCAAGUUCUCCAGUAACUACUUCAUAAUACACUGCUGAAGGGCUGCUGCUUCUCGCAAGAACUCUGCAUAGCAACUACCUGGAUGUAUUUAAUUUUUUAAGGUGUAGGCAGAUUUUAUGAAUAUGCAUUUCAUGGCUUCAAAGCAGUCACUCAACUAACACCUUAUAUUUCUGGUAUCAUGAUCCUGUUGAGAGGAGCCAUGGAUUAUUUUUGAGAGCCAAUUUAAGGAUAACUCUUUUCUGAUUUUUCUGAUUUUGAAAACCAAGUAAUCAAAAGCAGUCAAGCAGCACAUGUGUUGUAUACUUGAUUAGCAAUUGAAUGGUGUUUUAUAGAUCUCUGUAUCCACUAGCCAGAUGCUUGGCCUGGUUGACCAGGGCUUCAAAGAAGCCAUAAGAUGUUACAAGCCUUGAGAGAAAUAUUUCCUAUCAGCACCUGCCUCUAUUCGACUUCAUUCUGAUCUCUGUGUUACUCACAUGCAUUUGUGUUUCUGAAGAUGAAAGUUGAUCCUAUCAUUGGCAAUAUUUGCUCUGAUUUAAUGUUCUGUCCUGUAAGGAGUAUGUAUUAUUUCUCAUUUUAAGUUAUUUUUAAAAAAUUCAUUGUAUGAAUGUUUUUGGUUCCCAUCUUGACCAUUAUGUAUUUGAAAACUUUCUUUAGAAGUACAUUUUUUGCAUUAUUCAUAUGCUUCCCAGAGAAGCUCACUUAGAAAAGGCAGCAAGUUUUCAAGCCUGCCAGUAAUCUAAAUGAAGAGACCUAACCAGAAAACUUAAAGUAGGUUUGCUUGUCUUUUAUAAUUCAGUAUGAAGGAUUAAUUCCAUGAUGAAAAACUCAUGUGGGCUAAAGAUAAAACUAGUCCAUUUUGUAUUCUCUCCUUCCCUUUUAUUUCUAAAAUAAAAUGAAUGUCUUUUUUUCUUUAAACUAA